AUGCGUCUCUUAAACGCUCUUACUCUUAUUAUUCUUCUCACAUAUAAAGCGAUGUGCGGCCACGAAUGCGUCGCCAUCGCCUCGGACAACCGCCUCGGGAUAAACCAACAACAAACCACCGCUAUUGACUUCCAAAAGAUUUUCCAGAUCCACCCCAGACUGUUCCUUGCAAUGUCCGGUCUCGCCUCGGAUAUGCACACGCUCAAAGCGACGUUCGAGUUUAAACAUAAACUCUACGAACUUCGAGAAAACAGAGUCAUGGAACCGAAAACGUUUGCCUCGGUGGUGUCGACGACGUUAUACGAGAAACGGUUCGGUCCGUAUUACGUGGAACCGGUGAUCGCGGGGUUAGAUAAAGCGUCGAAGCCGUAUAUAACCGGGAUGGAUCUGAUUGGCGCGGCGGCGCCGACGGAGAACUUCGUCGUGGCGGGGAAUAAUAGCGAGAGUUUGUUUGGCGUGUGCGAAUCGAUGUAUAAGGAAAAUUUAGAACCCGAGGAGUUGUUUGAGGUUAUUAGUCAGUGUUUGUUGAGUGGGAGUGGGCGGGAUUGUUUGAGCGGCUGGGGAGGGACCGUGUACGUGAUCACGAAAGACGGAGUGGAAGUGAAAUCGGUGAAAGGCCGCAUGGAUUAA